CUUAGGAGAACUUCGAAUCCUUCUUGCCCGAGGGAAAGGUUCUGAUUCUUGUUUCCUGAGCAGCAUCCGAGCAACAGAAUGCUCCUUCUCCGGAGAGCGUUGAUUUUUCGCUCGGAUCCGACCACUGCCAGUGUUGAGGUUGAAAAGCCUCAUCAUCCUCCUAAAACUCAAAUCCGCGUAAGAACAAAUGCAGCCGUUAAAUUUAUGAGUAAUAGCAUUAACACAGAGAGUAACCGAGAGAGAAAGCUCUCCCUCUCAUUGAAAUCCGCGAGCAGCUGCAGCUCUGGCAACACAGAAUUCUCAUCGGCCUCCCCUCCUGAUGUCAUCAUUGUGGGUGCAGGUGUGGCUGGUUCAGCUCUGGCUCAUACUCUUGGCAAGGAUGGAAGACACGUGCAUGUUAUUGAGAGAGACUUCACAGAGCCUGAUAGAAUCAUAGGUGAACUUCUCCAGCCAGGUGGUUACCUGAAGCUAAUUGAAUUGGGGUUAGAAGAUUGUGUGGAGCAGAUUGAUGCUCAAAGAGUGCUAGGAUAUGCUCUUUUCAAGGAUGGAAAAAAUACCAUGCUAUCUUAUCCCCUGAAAAAGUUUCAUGCUGAUGUGGCUGGGAGGAGCUUUCACAAUGGCCGUUUUAUACAGAAGAUGAGAGAAAAAGCUGCGGAACUGCCCAAUGUACGAAUGGAACAGGGCAAUGUAACAUCCCUCCUUGAGGAGAAUGGAACCGUUAAAGGAGUCCAGUACAGAACCAAGGAUGGCCAAGAACAUAAAGCUUAUGCUCCUUUAACAAUAGUGUGUGAUGGCUGUUUCUCGAAUUUGCGUCGGUCUCUUUGCCAGCCCAAGAUAGAAGUGCCCUCUUCCUUUGUGGGUUUAAUCCUGGAAAAUUGUCAACUUCCCUUUGCAAAUCAUGGGCAUGUGAUUUUAGCAGAUCCUUCCCCCAUCUUAUUUUAUCCAAUCAGCAGCACUGAAAUUCGUUGCUUAGUUGAUUUACCUGGCCAAAAGCUUCCUUCCAUCAGAAAUGGUGAAAUGGCCAAUUAUUUGAAGAAUAUAGUGGCUCCGCAGAUUCCACCUGAGCUUUACAGUGCUUUCAUAUCUGCUAUCAAUAAGGGAGAUAUCAGAACCAUGCCUAAUAGAAGCAUGCCGGCUUAUCCUCUCCCUACUCCUGGGGCUCUUUUAAUGGGUGACGCUCUCAACAUGCGGCAUCCGUUGACUGGUGGAGGAGUGACAGUGGCACUGUCUGAUAUUGUUACGCUUCGUGACCUUCUCAGGCUAUUACAUAACCUAAAUGACGCAGCUUUACUGUGCAAAUAUCUUGAAUCCUUUUACAUCUUGCGCAAGCCAAUGGCAUCCACUAUUAAUACGUUGGCAGGGGCCCUGUACAAGGUGUUUUCUGCUUCACCUGAUCAAUCGAGAAAGCAACUGCGCCAAGCAUGUUUUGACUACUUGAGCCUCGGGGGCACCUUCUCGGACGGACCAAUGGCCUUACUCUCCGGUCUGAACCCUCGUCCACUGAGUUUAGUUCUCCAUUUCUUUGCCGUUGCAGUCUAUGGAGUUGGCCGUUUGCUUUUCCCAAUUCCUUCAUUCAAACGCAUCGGGAUUGCAGCCAGAGUAAUUUGGUGUGCAUCAGGCAUAAUAUUUCCCAUCAUCAAGGCUGAAGGAGUGAGGCAAAUGUUUUUUGCUGCAACCUUACCAGCUUAUUAUAGAGCUCCUCUUAACAGGUGAUACAUUGUUGAGGUGUGGGGGAGAGAUCUUGCGACAGUCAAAAUGGUUUUGAUUUGGUUGGGGGAUUGGGAUUCGUCUCCUCCAAAAUGGAAACGUAUAUUCUCCGGUGGCCCAUUUAGAUUUUCAAGGCGAAAAGAAUCACUGCCGUUCUUGUCCCGCUUGUCAAAAAUCCUCUGCAAGUCAUUGCGGGUGAGGGUCUGGGGAAGACAUAAUUUAUAAUCUCUGCAACAAAAGGC